AUGGUCAGUAUAAUUAUAAUUUAAUAGAUUAAUUUACACAACCCAUCAUGAAUUAAUUUUCAUGAGUCAGUUGUUGUAUGUCAAGAUUAAUCAAACAAUCAAAUUGGGUUCAAAAUUACUAACUUGUUCAGGCCCCAAAAUCAGCUAAAAAUCAAGAAAACAUUAACUCAAAAUUAGCUUUGUCUAUUAAAUCAGGUAAAUAUACCUUGGGUUAUAAAUCUGUUGUUAAAUCAUUAAGAACUGGUAAAGCUAAAUUAGUUAUCAUUGCUGCUAAUACUCCAGUUUUAAGAAAAUCAGAAUUAGAAUAUUAUGCUAUGUUAUCAAAAACUCCAGUUUAUUAUUUCCAAGGUGGUAACAAUGAAUUAGGUACUGUUUGUGGUAAAUUAUUUAGAGUUGGUACUUUAUCAAUUUUAGAUGCUGGUGAUUCAGAUAUUUUAACUUCAGUUUAA